AUGGCGCCCCCUCCUCCGCGACCGCCCCACUCGGCAAACGCGGGGCCAAGCCGCGGCCCUGGUUACGAUGAGAGUCUUCGACUGCCACCCCUCCAGACCCAGUCAUCUCCGCCACUCAACAGAGACAACGAUACAAACGAUCGCCCGAGUGCAUACCCAAUGACUGGCAUGGGGAUCGCAAACCCGAGAGAUAGAUAUGCUCAAAGCCUCGAGGCCAUGAUCAUGACGAUUCCUUUCUGGAGCAAGCUGAAGGUCCUGCAAAAGAUCAGUCCAACUUUGGCUCUGCCGGGACCGACCAGUCCUGAUAUCGAGAUCCGUGGCGCAGUCGUUGCCGUUGAGGGGGCUGAUCCUCGACAGCUGGAGCAGGUGGGAACGGCAGUGCAUCGUUCUCUCCUUGGCUUGAGCGAGAUCGAUCUGAAGACGUGGAGCGAGGGACCGAGUACGCCGUUUCCUGUCCUGUCGGCCGAAGACGACGCAAGGAUGAACGACACGGCCUCUGCUGGCGGCAGCAGCAGGAAGAGCAGCCAUUCGCAGCCCAAUUUACACGCCUCGGAGCUGUUCUCUAACUAUAUGGAGAGCAUCCUGAAGUGGCAUGUGAAGUCGCGAGAGAUCAUCAAGCACGUGUCCACCAAGCCGGCUUUCGCACCGGACCCAGCUCCGCUCACGAGGCGGGCAUCGGAUGGGGAGCCUGUCGGGUCUCGACAUAGCUCGAUAUCGGUACCCAGCAAAACUCCGGUUGCUCUGCUCCCCGCGGGAUUCAGCUUGACCCUCUCUGACAAGUACGCUUGUACAUUACCCAUCUAUGACUGCUAUGCCCCGAUCGACCAUUGGCAAUGGGUGUCGACUUUGUGGAGGGGAAUAAUUGGACCGGACCUCGUCAUCUAUGUCAAGUCGGUGCAGUCGAGUUCCGAGGCGCCGGUGUGA